AUGAAAGCUGAUAGUUUUCACUCAGCAUUAUCUGAUAAGCAUGCUAAAUAUAAUUAGUUUAUAUGUUCUUAACUUUUUGCAGGUUAUAAAGUUCGAAACAAAGACUAAUAAAAAAAACAGCAUAUACUUUCAAAUACAUCUGAUGAAUAAAAAAUUGUUAAUAACUUUACAGCUUCAUAAAGUUAUUUAAAUGCAAUGAAAGCAUUGUAGGAAAAGAUUAAAUAACUUGAAUUAGAGAAUUCUAGUUUAUAGACUUUAGUGGUAUUUAUGAAUUUAUAAAUUAGUCAUCAAAUGAUUAUAAGAGUAAUAUGAAAUCUAAUGAUAGAAAACAAAAGGAAUCAAGUGUUCAUUAAAAAACUAGUGAAAACUUAUAAAUUAAAGAACUUGAAUCAAGAUUAAUGCAAUAUGAAUUUACAUCUAAAAUUAAGAUUGAAGAUUAUGAAUGUAAAAUAGGAUAAUUACAACAUAAUAUAUUGAGUAUUACAUAAUAAACAGAUCAAAAAUAUAGGGAAUAUAUGGAGGAGAUCUAAAAUUUGUAAUUUAUUUGAAUAUAUAAAGAAAUGAAUAACUGAGGAAUUAAGAAGAAAAUAACAUAAACUUAAGAAACAAAGUUAAUUCAUUAAAUUAAAUUUUAUCUUAAGAAAAAUAAGUAAAUAUAUCAAAAGUAUAUUAGAAUUAUUCAAACUUAUAGUUCCUUUUUGAAUAAGAGAAAAAUGAGAAAUAAUUUUUAUAUGAAAAUAAUGAAAAAUUACAAUAAGAAAUAGUUAAAUUAAAAGAAAAAUUAUUUGAGGCUGAUUAAUAUAUAGAAUAAUAUAUUGUUUAUUAUAAUGAUCAAACAUUUAGAUGUAAUUUAAUAAAUAAUUUAGAAUUGGAGGAUGAAAAUAAUAAAUUAAAAUACUAAAUAGAGCAUUUGACAAUAGAAAAUGAAUAAAUUAAGAAAUCAAUUUAAAAUUUAAAAUCCAAUUUAGAUUUAACUAAAAAAGAACUUGAAGAAUCAGAGUUUAAAAGAGUUAAAAAAUCUUCAGAAUCAAAUAUUAGAAUAGAGUAAUUAAAAUAAUAAUUAAUUACACUAUCUUCAAAAUCUAAUCUAUCCACUUUAAGUCCAAGAGUAACAUAGAAAAAAAAUAUUAAAUAAUUGUCAUCAAAGGAAAUGCCAAUAAAGGCAUAAAAAAUUAGAGAUUUACGUUAAAUCAAAAGCAAAAGUCUUAAUAAAUUUAAAGAUCCUUAAUUUUUAACUCAAUCUUAAUCGAUGUAAAAUAAUAAUCUUUAAAACUAAAAAUAAUAAGGAUAUGAUUCACAAAGUAGUGGUGUAAGUAGAUUGAUAGUAAAGACUUUAGAAGAAAAUUAUCCAUCUUAAAAUAAGAAUGAGGAUAACAACAAUGCAAUCAUCAUGAGUGAUGAAAUUACAUAGACAGAUUAAUAAUUUUGUAGAAAACAAUAAAAAUAUAUUCAAGCUAUUUAAAGAAUAAAGUUUUUGGAUGAACAACUAACAGCACUCAAUUUAUAAUAUUAAGAUAUUGAAGAGUAAAUCCAAUAGUUUACAGACAUGAAUAUAAAGAAAGAAAAGAGAUAGAAAUUAUUAGAGAUAAUCGAUUAAAUGUAGAACGUUAAUAAAGAAUUAAAUGA